UAUUGAUACCCAUUUUGCCCACUACUCUCAUAUCCAUGAUAGGCGAGAGACGACUUAACAAGAGAUUCAACCACAAGCUGUACUCCAUCAAACCCAAGCAUAGGUUGUUCAGCCAGCACCCCACGGUCAAUGAUGAGCUGCCUAACCGCAUCCUUUCUGGCACGGUCCUGGUGAAGACCAACGUGUCCAGGAUCGAGGGUUCCAGCGUGAUGUUUGAGGAUGGGACGGUGGAGGAGGACAUCGACCUGGUGGUCUUCGCCACUGGAUACACCUUCUCUUUUCCCUUCCUGCCCUCAUCUUUCAUCUCAGUUUCAGAGAACAAGACUUCGCUCUACAAAUACGUCUUUCCCCCCACACUGGAGCGCCCCACACUGGCCAUCAUCGGGCUGGUCCAGCCUCUGGGGGCCAUAAUGCCCAUUUCAGAGAUGCAGGCACGAUGGGCUACACGCGUCUUCAAAGGGCUGAACAAACUUCCCCCGGUGAACAGAAUGCUGAAGGACAUCAAAGUAACCAAGGAAAUGAUGGAGAAAAGGUAUGUGACGUCUCAGAGACACACCAUCCAGGUGGACUACGUCCGUUACAUGGAUGAGCUGGCGAGGCAGUUUGGGGUGCGGCCCAAGCUCCUCCGGCUGCUGCUGCGGGACCCUCGCCUCGGCCUCAGCGUCCUGCUGGGACCCUGUACCCCGUACCAGUACCGGCUAUACGGGCCAGGUCAGUGGGCAGGGGCCCGGCAGGCCAUUCUCACGCAGUGGGAGCGCGUGGCCCAGCCAAUGAAAACCCGGGCCGUGCCAGAGCCCCCCUCUUCAAGGCUGCCAUUGCUGCUUGCUCUCAGUGGCGCCGCCCUACUGGUGGCAGCUGUCUGUGCCCGAAAAAACUUUCCGGACCUCUUGGCUUCCCUGAGCAAUUGGAGGAUGUAUGUGCCAAAGCCAUUCCUUCACAUGGUGUAAAAGUGCGCUGAUAACAGAAAAAUAAGCUUUACCCUGGGAAACUGCAUUUAUCCCAUGUAUUAUCAGAGGUGGAAUGAUUUAUAAUUACACAGUUCAUAUGAUGUGCAAUUUAAAAAUAAGUCUCCUACUGUGGAGGAAAGGUUCCAGUAUGGCUGGUGAGAGGUGCAUAGUGGGAUUGUUGUCAGUGUCUUAGGCCUCAGGCAAGAAGAAUGUGUCUUGGGCUGACCCUGAAACCAGGAGCUGACACGGCCUGUUUGUGAAGAUAAUCAGAACCUUUGCUGAAAGAAUGGGACGUCCUACGUAGGCUGCUCAGUACUGCAGUGGAAGAUAACGGGAAAGCAGUCAGAGGUUCCGAGAGGAGACAAACAGGCUUAUUUUCUUAUGUGUGUGCUAUAUUUACCUAUUUCGAGGGUCAUGUGAUCUAAUGGCUGUGUUGUAAUGAAAUAGAUUAAUCGACCAAAUAUAUGGUGAGGUAUGGGUAGUUUGAUGAGCUGGAUUGCAUAGUAUUGUUUAACUUGGGGACAUGAUGUAAGGGGUUAGCAAGGGUGGGUGUAACUGGUGGUAAUGCAGAGGUGCACAAGGUCAACACCUCUGCACACAGACGAGAGCCCCUGCCUUAACCAAUAGGGUACAAUAUUGCCUUUUAAGGGGAUUUGCAGAAAUGUAUGAAACGUGAGCAUGUACUUUGUUUAGGAGUUUCUUAAGCAAGCAAAUUUUAUCUUAAGUCAUGUCAGGUAAAUUCACUUCAUGCCGGGUGCUCAACAGAAUUUAAGGGAAAGUAACAAGAUUUUUUAGUUCCACACUAUCAUUAUAAAUGAGCUUGCAAUAAAAGGUUAACCUUGUGUAAGUCAGCAAAUGUAAUAACAGUAUCUUAUUUUCUUCAGUUAAUAUUCAUAUUCUGUACUUAAUCUCUUUAAACAUGUUAAUCUUAAUCUCUUUAAAAAAAUAAAUUAUGUAGACACAGAUUAA